AUGGAUAGUAUGGAUAGCCUAAUUUUUGUGAGGAGGCUAGGUGAGCUACGCUUGGUCAUCCAGGCAGAGAGAGAAAAUGCUGCUCUCUACAAAUACAGUGAGGAAAAAGCUCAACACCGAGGGGCUGUUGACUUGUCGUUUUAUGGUGAUAGUUUUGUGGCAUUGAAGAUGGCAGAAGCGUCCUGUCAGACAACAUUACAGUUACGGUUUCUAACAAGCAAGCCACAUGGAUUGCUCUUUCUUGCAGCUGGGAAGAAAGAUUAUUGUUUGAUAGAGUUACAGUCAGGAAAUCUGCAGUUGAGAAUUAACUUUGGCGUGGGAGAACGAAUACUGCGUUCUUGGCGAAGAUCUCAUCUGAAUGAUUUAGCUUGGCACUUGGUUGAACUGCAUCAUGAACGUGAUAAUGUCACAUUGAUAAUUGAUAAAAAUGAUAGGAUUACUGCAAAAAUGCCUGGAUUUCACUAUGAAUUAAAUAUUGAUCAUGGAUUCUACCUAGGUGGUAGUACGGAACUUGAUGUUCCUUACCUUGUCGGGGGACUGCCCAGCUUUCGAGGAUGUAUUGAUCAUGUGUUAUUUAAUCAGCAAGACAUUCUGAUGCCCCUGAGAUCUUCCAGCUUUAAAAAAGUCCAUGAAGUUUCAGUGGGAUGCAGUGAUGAAUUCUUUGCAGGUGAAGAUGAACCCAUCAGUUUUUUUAGUUCCAGAUCCUAUGUUUCUUUCCCAUUACGGAAUGUUGAUGGUGAGGGAAUCUUGGAAUUUGCAUUGCAAACAUCAGCUGCACGUGGCUUGCUGCUUUAUCAUCCUGGACAAGAAGGAGAUUUCAUUGCAAUGGAAGUGGAAGAUGGAUUGAUUAAAGCCUAUAUUGAAAAGCAUAAAAGUAGAAGCCACCUUUCCUCUCUUAGGUCAGUCAAUGACAGUCACUGGCAUUAUAUUAAGCUGAAAUUUACUGCAGAAUAUUUACAACUAACAUUGGAUAAAGAAACUGUAAAAAAAUCAUUCCCUCCUCAAAACAAGCUGCUGCUUCUGAACGGGUCUCUCUUUGUAGGUGGCAUAGAUGACAGUAAACGAUCGGAAGUGAUUAAGUUAGAGCUAACCUCCGUGUCUGGGAAGCAUGCCAGAGGAAGGUCCUUCAAAGGUUGCUUAAGAGACCUGAAAGUCAACUCAGAAAAGAAAUCACUGAAGAAUGUUCAAGUAACAAAGGAUAUUUCAGCUGGAUGUGAAACAGAAAAUGCUUUUAAUACAAAUCUUUCUUUGGAUAUGGCUGUAAAAUAUCCUGUUGUAAAAGCAGCCCCAACACUUGCCCUUUCCCCUGAAAACUUUGUCUCUCUGGGACAGGAAGAUAAAAACAACUUUUUAGUUCUGAGUAACCUGAUUGUUCAAGAAGGUGGAAAAGCCUCACUUGAAUCUAAACAUAUUCAAGUUAAUUUAGACUUCCAGAAAUUAGGAAUUAAUCUAUCACAAGUUCUUUUUGAAAUAAAGGAACCGCCAUCACAUGGUAACUUGAAACUAGAUGUUGAACCAGUGCUGGAGGUAAAUAUGUUUACUUUGCAGGAUGUGUGGCAAGGGAAGAUUCUGUACAUCCAUGGCGGCUCUGAAGAUACUUAUGAUUAUUUUAAUUUCUCCAUUUCUGCAAACAAUAGAAAUAUUGUGCCUCCAUAUUUGCAAAGAAAUGAGGAGUAUAUGUUUAGCAUUAUCAUCACUCCAGUAAAUGAUGCUCCUGAGAUCACACUUGCUGAGGGAAACUUACUGCUUUUGAUAGAAAACUCAAGGAAACGUUUGACUAGUGAUUUGAUAAAAGUAUUAGAUAAUGAUACAGAUCCUCUGGACCUCAGUCUUUCAGUGCUUGGAAAUCUUAUUGCAAAUGCAGGAUAUUUAGAAAAUUCAAAGCACCCUGGAAAGGCUAUUACUACUUUUUCUAAUGAGGACUUACGAAAAGGCUAUGUUUUCUUUGUCCACACAGGUGUCAGGAACUCAAGGAUUGUUCUGAGAGCAAACGAUGGUGAGAAAGUGAGCAAUACUGUUGUGUUACGUGUCGUGGCAAUUCCUUUGGAAUACAAAGUUGUUAGCAACUCAGGAAUAAAAGUUGUCCAGGGUGCUACAGCUCUAAUCACAUCCAGGCAUCUGACAGUUGAAACAAAUGCCAACCUCCAAGAGCUGGAGAUUCAAUAUGAGAUCACAGAUGCACCCCAGUAUGGGGAAGUUCAAAGGCAGCAUUCAAGGGGGGAAUGGAAGCAAGUCAGUUCUUUCUCUCAGCGCUCCAUUCAGCGCAGCCGUGUGAGAUACUGUAGCACUUUUAAAGAAAUUCAACUGGAAAAUAUUACCGACCAAUUUAAAUUUAAAGUUAGCAUAGGAAACAGAAUCAGUGAAGAGCAUGUGUUUCCAGUCCAAGUGAAAUGGUUAAGGUACAGUUUAUUGAAAUAUACUCCUCUAGAAAUUGAAAAAUCAAGAAAGAAAUACUUGAAUUCAGAUAAUCUUUUUGCUGUGCUUGUGGGUCAAGAAAUAACUGAAGAUGAGCUUCAUUUUAAAUUGCUGUCCUUACCAAAGAGUGGACAAGUACUGCUUAAUGACCAGUCUUUGAAAGAAGAUUCAGUCUUUAGCCAGAAAGAUAUUGCUGAUCAUAAAGUGGCAUAUCAGUUAAUGAGCAGCUAUUGUGAAGACAAUCAUGAUUCAUUUAAAUUCCUCAUCUCUACAAAGUAUCUGGAAUCAAAUAUCUUUGACUUUGAAAUCUACAUCAAAUCAGAUUUUAGAAACAUAAUUUUAAUUAACAAUGGCUUAACUGUUAUUGAAGGUGAAGGAGAAUUAAUAACAAACUCAAAAUUGUUUGUGCAAACACUGGAUAAUAAAACUUUCCAAUAUACAGUUUUAAAGUUUCCUAAACAUGGGAAAUUAAAAUUCAUUAAUUCUUCAGAUUCAUUUGAGAGUAAUGGCAAUCUCACCACUUUCACUAAUAAAGAUAUAAGUGAUAACCGUCUUAUGUAUGUUCAUGAUGAUUCUGAAACAGUGUUUGAUGAAUUUCUUGUGAGAGCUUCCAAUGAAGAAUCAAGGGAGAGGGCAAACUUUGAUCCUGAAGUAGGACCUUCCUCAGUAGUUAGAUUCAACAUUUCUGUCCAGCUGAAGAAUGAUGAAAAACCAGUACGUGUUGUUGAUAAAGUAUUUAACAUUGUGAGAAAUGGACAGCGAUUACUGACUUUGGCAGAUCUUUGUUAUCACGAUCCUGAUUCUGAUUUUGAAGAUGGGCAGCUGGUAUACACAAGACGUGGCAUUUCCAAUGGGGAUUUGGUGCUAACAAAUGAUUCAUUGCACAGACUCUAUCAAUUCAAGCAAGCAGACCUGGAGCAAAAGCAAGUCUUGUUUAUACACCAUGGUGCAGAUUUUGGGCGUUUUGUGCUCUUUGUGACAGAUGGCAAACACUACACGUCUUUCCUCCUAGAAGUUAAUGCCACCGAUCCUUAUGUUAGCUUGGCAAAUAAUACAGGCCUGUUGGUUCAAAAAGGAAAAGAGGAAAUUGUUACAACAGCUAACCUAAGUGCUAUUACAAACCAAGACAUCAGAAGUGAUCAUGAGAUUACAUUUGAGAUAACCACUUUCCCAAAAUAUGGAAGAAUAUCUGUAAAUAGUUUAAUGAUGAACUCCUUCACACAGCUCGAUCUGAUAAGGGGGUGCGUGACCUACAGGCAUGAUGACAGCAACAACCUUAUUGACACGUUUAACUUUACAAUCUAUGCUAAAAACGUCCAUCUCGAUUCUGCUGUGCAUGUUCGCAUGUAUUUGGAAAGUCAUCAGUGGCCACCAAGGAUUGUGAACAGUAACAGUCUCUUAGUUGAAGAAGGAAAAACAGUUAAGAUCAGUAAAGGAAAACUGCAAGUUGACCAUGAAAACAGUUCUCCAUCUGAGAUUGUGUUCACAGUAAGGCAGUUUCCAUUACAUGGAUACAUUCGGACGUUUUCAUCAGAAGAGAGUUAUCUUGGUGCUGAACAAAAGCCAGUUCUGACCUUCACACAGCAAGAUGUUGAUGAGGGCAAAGUUCAGUAUGUGCAGACAGUUUCUGACCAAUUAAGUGACUGUUUUUCUCUGGAUGUGACCAAUGGUGUCCAAACCGUGAAUGGAAUAGAAAUGUCUGUUGACAUUAUUCCCAAAAUGAUUCCUUUGGAAGUAAAGAACUUCACAGUAGUUGAAGGUAGCUCAAAAGCCCUGAUGGAAGACAAUCUAAAAAUUUCUAGUAGACACUUUGCAGGACUCAGCUGUGAAAUUAUUUUAGUUGACCAGCCAAAGCAUGGAUAUUUUGAAGAUUCUAAUGCUCCCGGAAUAAAGUUAAACAGAUUUACCAAAAAACAGGUGGAACAAGAAUUAAUCUACUAUGUUCACGAUGGCAGUGAGGAACUAAUGGACAAUUUUACCUUUAUAGUAAAUAACACAGAAUUUCAGAAACAAAGCUUGCCCCAAACAAUGUUUGUAACAGUUUCUGCAGUAAAUGAUGAAGCUCCUGUUAUAAAAGUUAACAGAAUUCUUCAGGUUUGGGUGGGUUCAGUCACAGAAAUAACUGUUGAUGACCUCUGUGCAGAAGAUAAGGACUCCUCACCAUCAGACCUGAUAUAUUCAGUUACACCGCCCAGCAAUGGGCACUUGGCUCUGAAGUCUUCUCCAAACAAGAAGAUCCUUAGUUUUACUCAGGCUCAUAUAAUUGAAGGGCAGCUGGUAUUUGUACACAAUGGGGCAAUGUCUGGAGGCUUCAACUUUCAGGUAACAGAUGGUUUGAACUUUGCACCACGACAGAUUUUUAGCAUCACAGCUCGGUCUCUGGUCAUUAGCCUUGAAGUGAACAAAGGACUCAGAGUCUUUCCAGGUUCCAGGAAACCUAUUUCACAACAUGAUCUGAAAGCUGUAACCAGUGAUGUGACCAGUGCAGGAAACAGAACUAUAACUUUUAUGAUUCUAGUUUCCCCCAAACUUGGAAGGCUGAUCAGAACAAACUCUGAUAAUACCACUCAGGAAAUCCUCAGUUUUACACAGUCUAUGGUGAAUGAAGGUGUGAUCAUGUAUGAGCACUCAGAGGCAGAAUCAGCUGACUGGAGUGCAGAAGAUUUCUUUACGUUUACUGUCUCUUCUCCACCAUCAGCUUUGGAUCCUCAGAUGUUCCGUAUUGUCAUUUCAUAUGAGGUUCCUAGGCAUGAUUGGAACAGCCGUCUUCUUUCAAAUACAGGUACUGUAGUCCAGGAAGGAGGUAGAAUAUUAAUCAACAGAACACAUUUAGAUGCUUCAAAUCUAUUGAUUAAGCUACCUGAAGUACAGCGCUCCAUGUAUGAAGUCUGGUACCAAGUUGUGUCUUUACCCCACCAUGGCAUAAUAAUUGUUGGAGAAAGAAAUGUUACAAAAGAAAAACCUAAUUUCUCACAAUACAUACUGAACAAAUUUGGAAUUGUGUAUGUGCAUGAUAAUUCUGAAUCACUAAUGGACAACUUCACUUUUGCUGUUUGGUUAAACCUAAAGACCAAGUCUGCAACAAAACCCCAUGGUGAAGUUUUAGAAGAGAUGUUUAAUAUCACUAUUAUUCCAGUGAAUGAUCAACCACCAGAACUGAAGACUAAAAGGCUGCACCUGAAUGUUCUGCAGGGAGAUGUGUCAAUGCUGGGGCCGGAGAACCUGAAAGCUGAAGACUUAGACAACACCCCAGCAGAACUCAAAUAUUCCAUUGUUAGCAACCCCAAUAAUGGUUAUUUAGCAAUGAAGAGCAAUCUGAGUAUCUCUAUACAGGAUUUCACACAAGCUGAUAUUGACAGUGGUAGGGUUUGGUUUGUACAGGAUGGAAGUUCUUCUUCUGGGGUGUUUUAUUUCAGUGUGACUGAUGGUAAACAUCGUCCUUUAUACAAACUUUUCAGUCUCGAAGUUGUACCAAUUACUCUUGUCCUGGUCAACCUUACGGAUGUUGCACUUCCACAGGGUCAGACAUCUGUUGCUAUUACUAACACACAGCUUUCAGCUGUCACAAAUGGAAAAAGCACUAAUAUCAUGUAUGAAUUAACUCACCCCCUCAAGUAUGGGUACCUGAUGAUUGAAAAAGAGCAGGUUACUAAAUUUGAGCAGGCAGAUUUGAACUUGGGAAGACUUUCUUACCAUCUGUCAAAUUUCACUGUAUUCAAAGAAGUACUGAUGUUUAUGAUUUUCACUGCAGAAAGUAAUCUAACAGAACAAGUGCUGAACAUCACAACAAAGCCUUUAGUGCAAGUUGUGUCUGACAUGCAGAUUUCAAAUCAAGCAGUUUAUAAACUCAGAAGCAAUGACCUGGAUGCUUCUGAGCUAGCCAAUUUAACAAACAGUAAUCCUAGAUUUGAAGUUAUAGUGCCCCCAGCUCAUGGGAGGAGUAAAAAAAGGUUUGUGAAUGAUGCAGUGUUUGAAGAUAUUCAGACAUUCACCCAAACUGACAUUGAUGAAGGUGUUGUGCUUCUCAACAUAGAUACAAAUAUGACAGGCAUUGAUCUGUUAAAUGAUUCAUUCACAUUUGUGCUCAGGGCGGAUGAUGUGCAGCCUGCUGUUGGCCAUUUUGAGUAUUCCAUAGUGCCAUAUAGUCCUUCUCUUGUGCAAAAUUUCACAGCUGAAGUGCCUUUCAUAGCCAGUAUGACCACUUUAAAGAUUCCAGCUACCUCAAAUGACAGGGUGCUAGCUUACUCCCAUGAUGAAGUACCUACAGUAGCACCAAAGAAGACUGUCCCAGACAUGUGGCUAGGUCGGAAACGCUGGGGAAAUCAACUUGAGGAAGGUCCAUUGCUAAAUCUGGCAGUGGGAACAAGGGGAUCUGCAGGGACUGAGACCACAGAUCAGGUUAAUGCCAUGAGCUCCAGAGAGCAAGCAGGUGAAAGCAGCAAUCAUUGGUACAUUAUUAUACCCCUGGUCCUGGUGUCUGUGUUACUCAUUAUUGCUGUUAUUUCUGUGUGCAUUUUGCUAAUGUGUCAGAAGAAAGAGAAGGCAAAACCACUUGUCAAAAAUCAAACAGAUGUAGUCCUCAGUAGUCCAGGUCAUUGUCUGGAACGGAGCUUGACUGUACCCACUGUUACAGUGACCCCUCUCCUGAAGGGAACUGAGGGAAAUAUAUCCUCUGCACUGAUGGCAGUAAGGCAUGAACAGCUGCUUCCUACAAUGCUUCCUCCGAUUGUAGAACAGCCUUUGCAAAAUAGCUGGUUAAACCUGGAUCCUGAAAUGAUCCAGUAUUGUCGAAAAACAAACCCAACUUUGAAGCGCAGUCAGUACUGGGUGUAGUUCAUGGCCACCUUUGGUCAUGCCAGUUGAUGUAAUGUGGAAAGGAGAGUGUACCUUACUGACAUACAACUCUUUAUUAUGAUUAUUUAUAAUAGGUCAAAUGGUGCAUUGUUUGUUAGGUGAAACCCAGACAGCUGUGAAAUAAUGAAAGUCUUAUUGAUUACAGUGGCCAUAAAUUGAGUUUUCCCACCUCAUCAGAUGCAGAACUUGUCCUCAUAGAUUUUUUAGUGCACCUUGUGUAUGCAGUAUUUUUUAUUUGCCAUGACAGGGGUAAAGUAAAAUGUACUGUCAUGGAUUAUAUCUAUUUUAACAUUAUUAUAUUGAAGAACUAAGUUUGAGGUAAAGACCCUGUAUUCCUUCCUGAACUGGUACUUCUAUUUUAAGAACUCGAAACUGAUUUUACAAGUAGUUAUCAAAGUGCUAAUCUUGAUAAUGCCAUUUUGACCCAAAGGCUGUUCAAAGGCCAAUAUUAAAGAAACAAAGCUGUCAUUAUUUUGCCAGGUAUUCAUCUGGAUCGGUGAGCUUGAAAUCUAGCAUUCAUUUCAGAAUUUCAGUAAUUCUAUGGCAGCAGUAAGUAAAGCUUUCGAUAAAAUGCUUACUGUCAAAUGGCUGUUUUUUUGAUUGUUUGUUUUGUGUUUUCCUAAUUUAUUGCUGGAGUCUAGCCUUAAUAUCUGCAGACUGGUAAAAUGCAUCCAUGGCCUCUAAUCCACAUGGCAAAAAUUGUAUCUCUGCCAGUCAACCUGCCUGCCAAAUUAUUUUCAGGUUUAGCUUAUGUUUAGAAGAACAUAUCAAAUUUCCUAUUUCUUACUAAGGGCUAAGUUCUGUCUUCAGUGAAGCAAGAGCAGCUCUCUUUGUGGUCUCUGAGUCUAAACAGAUGAUAGUAUCAUCAAAUCCUUCGCUGCAAACUACUUUGUGUGGUGUAGCUAUUGACUGAGUACUGUGACUAAAAACAUACUCCCUUCUGAAGGUUCACAAUUUACCAUUUAUCUCCCAGAAUGCAAGUCUCAUGUGCCUUAUGCUCUCUGACAGGUACUACGUACUCUUAAUUUAGCUGUUAGUAAAAUUUGCAGUUAUUUCUCUGUAAGGAUAAUGUUUUUGUAUUUAUGAAAAUGAAUAGUGAUGUGCAAUCUCCUGUUAAGGUCCAUUCUUUCUUCCACUGAAAACAACAGCAAAAUUCUUAUUGACUUCAGAGGACAAAAUGACCAAUGAACUUCUCAUAUAUUUUUGUAUAAACUUCUAGGUAGCUUCUCUGUAAAAACACUGUCUGUAAAUGUCUCACUGCUGCAUUGUUAUUAUUAACACUGGAAUAAUAUUUUUGUUUUAUCCAAAUUACUGCUGUUUUUGCUUUUACAGCACGGAUGUAUAGGCCUAAGCAUCCUUGGUGCUAUUAAUUUCACAGUACUUGGUUUUGGUUGUCUUUUUCUGCUGUUGAUUAAUUGCGUUUCUGGCAUUUACAUAUUUCAGUUGAGGGAACUGUUUACCAGUGAGAAGGGCCAUACUAAAUCUCUGGUUACUGCUAUGUCCCAGGAGCGAAAUACUUGAUUAGCAUGCCCACUUAGAUAUUUUAAAGCAGUACACUGUUUGGAGCCUGCUGCCAGGUCAGUGUCAGUGAAAAAUAUGCAGGCAACAUUUUCAACUGUUUUAGUUAGUGGAGAGAUAUGAAUCCUUCAUAUGCUCAAACCAAAAUGUAUUUGAAGCAUAUUAUGCAAUUUUUGUUUGUAAUUAUCAUUUUUCCUUGAUGCCACUGUGAGCAGGCUUGAGAUCGCCUUCUACCAUCAGUGUAAAAGCCUGGGAUUUGAGAUGUCCCAGAUGGACUUUACAGGCAUGCAGUAUAGGCCUUUCUAGUUAAAGCAAAAACAAAAACAAAAACCUUUGUUUCUAUUUUAGAAACUCUCAGCAAGAGAGGUGGUGCUGUCAGCCAUUGCAGGGACUCCCUAGCAUCUUUGUGGAGGUGCAGUUGUAGUCUCCUGCCACUUCCUGAGACCUUAUUUGCUAUCACCAAGCAAACAGCAACUUCUUCCAGAUUCCAGCUGUCAGCAGAGCAUUUGCAAUACCCUUCCUCCAGUGCCAUUUAGUCAGUAGCAGGAACUCAAUUCCUUUGUAUCUACUCCAAGGCUCAACUCCAAUAAUAAAAAAAUAAUAAUUAAGAGUUAUAAUCCAGUAAUUCCAUGACAUUUAAAGAAGCAUGCCUCACAUUUCCCUAUGGUUGAGACCUUCUUGUCAACAGAAAAAGAAGUGUCAUACUCCGGAAUGAAAUUAUACCUACCAUGGAAUGAAGUUAUAUGCUUUUAGUUUGCAGUAUCAAAAUAUUGUCACUGGAGUCCACAUUGUAGACAAGCUGAAAAAAAAUAAAAAUAAAAUAGAGAUGAAAUAUGUGCUUAAGAGACUUUUUAAGCUAUGUAUCAUUGUAAAGACAGGUAAGCAAGGUUGCUGUGUUGUGCCACAGAGAUGGAAGAUAGGGCUACUGCAGUGGUGGUAAUGGUAAAAAAUGAGGCCACAACAUAUUAUCAAGUGAAUAAAAAAAACAGUAAUGCAAUUAGAACUUCAGAACUGGAUGGACCCUCUGAAUAUCUGUAUUUGUAUUCUCUGAGCAAGAAAUAAUAGAAAAAUACAGAGAAGAUUGCUCAAUUUUUGUUUGUGUAAGCGUAAUGAACUAAACUCUUUUUCUUUUUUUGAACUUUUUCUUUCAGAAUUGCUUUUGCCUGACAACAGAAGUUUACUUCAAGUAGAGCCAGCACUAUGAGCUGUGUUUUAAGAACAGGGCUCAGUUUCUAAAGUGCUGACUUUUUUCUUUAAUAAAAACCUAAAGACCUGA